AUGUACCAAGGUCAGGGAACCCUGGCUGACGAGCCAUACCAAGACUCUGCUCAGUCUCAGCACGGUUAUACUCACAGCAUCGUUGAGGUUGCUGAAGGAGCCGAGAGAAUGCAGGGAGACGAUUCCUGGAACCGUUUGAUUCAGCCCAAAACUUUCGCCAGCUUCGCCCCCACCCCGUCAAUUUUCUUGCCCGUCGCCAACCCCAUUAAAGCAAUAGGGACUGCGCUGGAUGCCCUCCGCUUUGAGGCCAGGAACAAGUUUAAUUUCACGGCGAUUGUUAUUCUGUCCCGCGGAAAAUGUGGGCUCUCCAAAUGCAUCACUCGUUACCUGGAGGCCAUGGCGGCAGCUGAUCUGAUGUUGGUUGUCGUGGCUGUGAUAGUGGAGCAGAUUAAUUAUAUCUAUUUGUUUGCUAAUUUCCUGUUUGUAACUCCAGUGUGUUCUGUGAUACUUGUUCUACGGAUCGCAAUAUCGGACUGUUCCGUUUGGUUGACUGUUGUUUUCACCCUCGAUCGCUACGUCGCCAUCUGCUGUCAGAAGCUACGGAAACGAUAUUGCACCGAGACAACAGCGACUUUGGUGAUCGUGACAGUGUGUGCAGGAAGCUGUGCUCGGGCUAUUCCAUUUUACUUUACAGUGGAUCCAUGGCGAUGCGUCUCCUCUGCUGAAUACUUAACAUCACCCGUGUGGAGAGCCUACCAGUUAUGUGAUGGCAUCGUAACUCCGGUACUGCAAAUAUGUUUAAUUCUGCUGUUUAAUACUUUAACUGUUAGACAUAUUAUAGCUGCAAAUAAAGUCCGCCAGGGACUCCGGAACAACAGCGAGAAUCAGAAGAAUGCAGAGAUGGACAACUGCAGAAAGUCAAUUAUUUUGUUGUUCGCUCUAUCAGCCAAUUUCAUUUUACUGUGGACACCAAAUGUUGUGCACACUAUGAACUGGCAAGCGGAAAAUUAUUCCUACACAGACAGAUAUUUCAACACGCCGGUAUAUAUCUUACAGCAGUUUGGGUAUAUGUUACAGUUUAUCAGUACCUGCACCAACACGUGUUUCUAUGGACUGACGCAGAGGAAAUUUAGGGAGGAGCUGAAGAAUGGAGUGAAAUAUCUGUUUGCAAUAAACGGGAGACUCUUGAAGUUCGUGUCGAUUGUGAUCCUGGACCAGUGA